GUCAUAUCGUAUGUUUACAGCCGGCUUUGCUGCCGCUUUCUCAGCAUAAAUAUCGCAUUUAUCGUGAAGUGUGUGGUCAAAGUGGUUUAAUUUGUAAAUUUUGCAAAUCUGGAUGAAUUAUGUGAGAUUAUGAUCACCGCUUCUGAGCCUCUGGAAUUUAUUCCCCGGGGACGUCAGGCGGUGGAGACACAUCCUGGUCCCUCUACGCAGCGGCAGGACAACAAUGUGCCGCCCGGUGACAAUUUGCUGCUCUACCGGCUGCAAAAUUUCAGCAUAUCGUCGGAUGAAUCUUCGACGGAGUUUUGGCAUUUGGAGGAAGUCUUUGAAGAGCCCCAGAAUGAGGCAGAAGAAGAGUUUGGGGAAUCCGGUAACAUAUCAAAUCUCAACUUUCUACACACGUACAGCGCGAACUCUGAGGAUGAGCUGUACGUGAAGGGGAACACGGCUGUUUGGAGUCAAGGAUUGCAGGGCGACGACGAUCACGUGGCGCCUCGCGUCUGUUUCACUUGCGAGACUCCCAUAAAGUUUGCUUUCUUCUGCACUCCGUCAUUCAUGGAGUCAGACAAUAGUGGCGACUCCGAUGGCCCGGAGAACAACAAGCGAGUGAAACAUCGCGGAAUUUGCCUGAUUGACUCAACAAGUCUUCAUGUUUAUCGCGAUGACGGGGAGGAUUUUCACUGCGCCUUGGAGUUUCAGGUGUCCAAUGUAUGGAGUACAGAUCUUGGGAUAUUGUUGGAGAAAGAGGCGUCUGGAAUGAUGGUGCAAUCCGACACAAUCCUGCCGAUGCCUCGGGUGUUCUCUCUGACACAUCCGUUGGACGAAAUGUCCCCGGUGCUCGUGAAGAGCUUCACCGGAUGCGUCAAUUAUCUCACAGAAGUGGACUACAAGGUAAUAAGCACGGAUCAGUCAAACAAUAUUGUCCUGAUGUUUGACAAUAAGAUGGGCAGGCACUUUGUGUGCAACUUGCGGAAGACAACGACGGAAGAAGUGAACGCUGUUGCUGGUCCCACGUUCGAUAGCACUAUCAACAGCACCUCUAUGUUCUCUGGGACAGCUUAUCACACUGGCCAGCAGACUUCCCUGUACAAAUCAGCAGCUCUCUACACCACAAAAAUGCAGCACACUCACCAUCACCCCAAUCUAAACACGACCUUCUGGUCAUUUCCCAACCGACCUUCCGCUUCUCACUCCCCAGCCAGUUUGGCUUCCUCCAACCAAACAAGCCACACACGUUUAUCACAGUCUCCUUUGGCGCGUCUCCAGAGUUCUCUCGGGAAGUCAUCUUGCACGUCAGUGAGUGUGAGAAAAUUGGGUCAAGCGCAACCCUCGAAGCCAAUAAUUCCAGAGUAUUGUCUCGUACAUCUCUGGAGUGAACCCACGAACGUGAAAACUGAGUUCAUUGAGUGUUCCUCGAAGGGAUUCCUUCACACUGAUCUAGUGGGACAACUCUAUCUCUGCUACCUCUUGCCACGUAAUGCCAAAUUGAUUCUCGUGCCGAUUGUGAGAACAAAAGAGUCAGAAUUCCACUUUUUCGGCAAAACUUCGGUGGUGAAUGCAAAAGACGCAGUGGUGCUCAAUAGGAUGAAUAUGAUUACGGUUUUGUCGCCAUGUGGCACAAUAAUGCUGUAUUCUGGAUCAGUGAAUGUGGGUAAAGUCCACGUGGGUGGAGUGCUCUCGAGCUUCGCCCUAAUAGAUCGAUUGGGAACACUCAACUUUCCACGAAGGAGCAGUCUUCUCCCAACUGCACCACCUGAAUCGCAAAUUGAGCACGAUCUCAAUAUGUUCUCGCCCGUUCAUCCACUCACGGCAGCCAACACGAGCAAAAAUAAUGGUGGAAACAUUUGCAUGGGCUUACGUGAUCCGACUGGAAAUCGAUUGAAUCUGGUGUAUUCAGGCGGUAAAUUGUUUCGUAUAACACUACCAUUGAUUUGCGAAAACACCCUCGUCGCACGAUGUUUACUGACGCUGAGGCAAGUGUUGCACACUGAUUUGGCCAUUCAGGUCAUGGUGAGGUGGUAUGGCAUCAAGAAUGCCCCUGGAACAACAAACAUUACUCCCAACAAGGAGUGGGCAAUGUUUAAGAACCUCUUGCUGGAAAUGCUGGGACGUUCUUCGAGCAGUCCAGAUGCAUCGUCCAGUUCGCAGUCGAACAUGUCAUCGGAGGAGCCGAAGAAGCGUAGGAAGAAUGAUAAUUCCAAUGGUUCAGACUCUGAUUGGGAGUAUUUGCUGCAAAUGCGCAGGGAGAACACUAUUAUGGCAAGAUCAGCAAAUAGUUCUGUGGAUAAUGCGGAGGCCACACCGAUGAAAAAUGAUACUUCAGCACUUCUGUUUGCCCACUUGCCGCUGAUUCUUUUCUCACUGCAUUUGCUGUAUGAGGAUCUCAAACUGAGCCUAAGUACGCAACAAUAUUUGCAACCGAUGGCGGAAUUUCUCUACCAACUCGCGAUGGAUCUGAAUUUGGAUCAGUACUGUCUGCAUUAUUACUGUGACUUUCCGCAUUUGGCGCAGAAGAUCUCAACGAGUUAUCUUACAGAAACAGACUUGACCAGUCUGCAGAACCUCAAUUUGAUUAUAUCAACAAGCAUCCCGAGAAUCUAUCGCCAGGUGUAUGAUACUGUGAAAUUGGACAGAGAGAGUGACUUGGACAGCAGUGAGGCGUAUCCAUAUGUAUCAAAAGUCAAUGGGAUGUCGAGAAAAGUCAUCAAAGCUAUCACGUAUUUCCACCUUGGUGAAGCGGCAGUGAAAAAGUGCAUCAAGGAAUAUGUUCCAGUGACUGGUAAAGUAGUGGCGGAUGAAGAAGUUGUGUCUCUGCAGAAGAACAUUGGGAUAACUAGAGAGGAAAUCUCGCAAUUCCCACCAGCCAUAAAUUUCGUCAUUACACAGCUCUUGGAGAAGUUCAAAGCCAAUCCGCCACUCGAGUGUGAUACCGAUACUUAUGGACUUCUCCUGCGAUCGGAUCUUGUGUCUCACACAUCACACGGGAAGGAUAGCAAGAAGAUAGUUGACACGAAGAAGUAUCUCAAUGAACACUCACUGACUCCUCGAAUGGCGCCAAAUCCAUCGCUCAGUGGGAAGAGCGACAAUGCAACCGAAGAGGAUGGCAUGGAGGAGAUUGAUUCGAAGCUCUUCUGUCUCCGCUUUCCAGAUGAUCUCCGCAUACAUGAAGUGCGUCGAUUGCUUAAUAGCGCGAAUCCCGUGACUAUUGAUAUUGUUCAGGGACCAAAUGUGACUGACCAUGAUUUCAUAGAGGAAAAGGAGAAGCAGCUCUUCGCCUUAUGUACACGAACUAUGGCUCUUCCCUUGGGCCGUGGUAUGUUCACACUGCGCACGACGAAUCCCACACCGACAGAGUCAUUGCCCAUCCCGAAGCUCUGUCUCACUGGCAAAGAAGUGCUGAAGGGAGCGACAAUUGAGCUGCAGCAAAUUGAGGUGCCGCCAAAUAUGAAUUGCUGGCCGCUUUUUCACAAUGGUGUGGCAGCUGGUCUGCGGAUCACGCCUCAGGCGAAGGAUAUCGACUCGACGUGGAUUGUAUAUAAUAAGCCCAAGGGCUCGUCGGAUGUCUCAAUUGAGCACGCUGGUCUUCUUAUGGCUCUGGGUCUCAACGGUCAUCUCAAGAGUUUGUCAGACAUGAGUAUUUUCGACUAUCUUCUCAAGUGUGAUGAAAUGACGAGCAUUGGUCUGCUGCUCGGCAUUUCUGCAGCUCACAGAAAAUCCAUGAACAUGGCCAUCACGAAGCUCCUCAGCGUUCAUAUUGAGGCUCUCCUGCCGCCAACUGCUCUCGAGCUGGACAUCCAGCAGAAUAUCCAAGUGGCCACGCUAAUGGGCGUGGGACUCGUGUAUGAGGGCACAGCGAAGCGACACAUGGCCGAAGUUCUUCUGCAGGAAAUUGGAAGACCUCCUGGCCCAGAGAUGGAGAAUUGCGUUGAGCGGGAGUCUUACGCACUCACAGCUGGUCUGGCUCUUGGACUAGUAACGCUGGGCCAAGGUGAGACACCAACAGGACUUCGGGAUCUUGAGUUGCCGGACACGCUGCACUACUACAUGACUGGCGGCAACAAGAGACCCUUGACUGGUGCGCAACGAGAGAAAUACAAGUUGCCAUCAUUCCAAAUCCGCGAAGGUGACACUGUGAAUAUUGACAUGACGGCACCUGGAGCGACCCUGGCUCUUGGACUGAUGUUCCUGCAGACGGGUAAUCAGGCUGUCGCUAAUUGGAUGAUGCCUCCGGAUACGAGAUAUUUGCUAGACUUUGUGCGGCCGGAUUUGCUGAUGCUGCGCAUGAUUUCCCGGGGUUUAAUCAUGUGGCACAGCGUGGAGCCGACACAGGAGUGGCUGGAAGAGCAAUUUCCGGCGGCUCUUCGAUUCGAUCUGAAGCGUGGUCCGCAACUGGAGGAUGUGAAUGAUAUCGAUCAUGAGGCGCACUGUCAAGCGUAUUGUAACAUUAUCACAGGAGCGGCGUUUUGCAUGGGAUUGAGAUUUGCGGGCACUGAGAAUCCCAUUGCGUACAAAACGUUGAAGGAUCUGGUGAAACUCUUUCUGUCUAUGGGUGGUCAGUAUGUUGGAGAAUACGCUGGAAAAGCCACUGUGGAGUCAUGCCUCAUCAUGAUUAUCUUGUCCCUUUCCCUGAUCUUCGCCGGAUCGGGUGAUCUCAACAUUCUGCGGAUGAUCAGACUGCUGAGGACGCGAAUUGGAGUGACGAAUGCCCAUGUGACUUAUGGAUCACACAUGGCACUGCAUAUGGCGCUGGGAUUUCUCUUCCUCGGAGCCGGAAGAUACACGCUAUCGACAUCCCAGAGCGCUAUAGCGGCACUAGUGUGCUCGUUGUUCCCCAAAUUUCCCACCCACAGCAACGAUAAUCGCUAUCAUCUGCAGGCAUUUCGACAUCUCUACGUAUUGGCCAUUGAAGCGCGACUGUUUCUGCCACGAGAUGUGGACACAGGGAAGCUGAGCCUUUGCAAUUUGGCGUGCAUCAAAUUGGGGUCGACGGAAGUCAUUCAAUUGCCAAUAGCACCUUGUAUUCUGCCCGAGCUGAACACACUCCAAACAGUGAUCGUCAAUGAUCGAUACUAUUGGCCCAUUCGAUUUGAUAGAGACAGCAAUUGGCAUCAAUUGGAAAAAAUACUCCAAAAGUGUGGAUGUGUGGAUAUAAAGAAGAGAGCUGGGUGCUUAUCGCUUCUUGAGGAUCCGAAUAGACUCAAGAGUUUGUUGGCAAAGUCACUCACCUCUGAGCAGUUCAGCACUUGGCGGAUUAAGCCGAAAAAUCUGUUGUCCUUCUCGAGUGAUGCAUUUGUGGAGAUCUUCGUGGACAAGCUCCUCCUUGGGCACGAAGAUGUCCCAGUGUGUGAUCAGGAACAGGAGCUAACAGAACUGCUAAUGACACAAUUCUACAAUUGUCUCAUUCAGGAUCGACUUGAAGCGCUUCCUAUUUUCAUUGGACUGAUCAUAAUGAUUCGCAGAAUCAAUGUGAGACCGUCAACACAGGAUAUUUGGCAGUUUAAGAUCAUAAGUGCCUUACUGAAGAAGUCACAGAGGACCUCUGAGUCUGAGAGCCUCCUCACGACGGGAAUCCUACAAUCACUAGAGCUGAAGUUGAUGUCAUGCAUUGAGACGUGGGGCAAUGACUGUUUCAACCUCAUGAAGCAGUUUCUCUUCUCGUCCAACAUCAAUUUCCUGCAGGAUGGCAACUUGUCCACUGUGACACUCACAAAAUUGGCCAUUUUGGUUGUCUUUUACGAUCUCCCGAUUAAUGUGCUCAAUUUCGUGGAUCUCAGAGGACAGCUCAACUACCUGGGAAUGCUCGUGGAGCUGAAGCGAUUGAAACUCGACACAAACUCCAUUCACUGUAUCUCAAAGAUUCUCUUAAAUUCCGUUUGAAUAAUGUAAUUGAUAUGCAAAAUAAUUUCCUCAAUUUGA